AUGACUGCCGCCAAGGUUAUGCUGGACGACAUCCACGAGGUUCUGCCUACCAGUCGACAGGAUACAAACACAUAUACCUUCGGCAACAUAGGCAUCCAUAAUAUUGUUAUCGCAUGCCUUCCAUUGGGUCGCUAUGGCCUAACUAAUGCCGCAACAGUAGCGAAUAACAUGCGGCGGACCUUCACCUCGGUACGCUUCGGUCUCAUGGUGGGUGUCGGCGGCGGAGUUCCUGGUAAUGUCGAUGUGCGACUUGGCGAUGUCGUGGUCAGUAAAGAGGUGGUACAGUAUGACUUUGGGAGACGGACUGGAGACGGCCAACUGCGCCCAGUUGGAAGUUUGAACAAACCUCCACAUGUACUGGCGACUGCAGUCGCCAAGCUGCAAGCGGAUCACAGAACUGAACCCAGCACAAUUCCCUCGAUCCUAGCCAACGUGCCUGUACGAUACCCUGCGAUGAUCAACUUCACACGCUCCAGUUCCCUUCAAGACAGGUUAUUUGACGCCACAUAUGACCAUAUCGAGCCCUCCAAUCGACCUAUGAACACAAAGGUUGAUAGCUGUGAGCACUGUGACGUCGCCCGACUGGUACGUCGACCUGCCCGGAGUAGCAAUGGCCCCAAGGUACACUAUGGGAUUGUGGCUUCAGGCAAUCAGGUCAUCAAGCAUGGCCUUACACGGGAUCGGCUUGCAAAAGAGCUUGAUGCCAUUUGUUUUGAGAUGGAGGGGGCAGGACUGAUGGAUAGCUUCCCCUGUCUAGUUAUCCGUGGUAUUUGUGAUUAUGCAGAUUCUCAUAAGAACAAGCAAUGGCAACCAUACGCUGCAAUGACAGCUGCAGCAUAUGCAAAGGAGCUUUUGUCUGUUAUUUCGACAGAUAGGAUCCACCAGACAUAUAAACCUACCUCUUCAGUAGGUGAAGACCCGGUCUUGCAGGAGCGUCGAAAGACACUACUCGAAUCGCUAGAGUAUAAGGAAAUUCAUUCUCGUCGCCGAGGCGUGGAGGUUGCACAUGAGGAAACGUGUAGAUGGCUGAUUGACGACCUGGUUUACCAACGGUGGCUUGACCGAUCAAUGCUUAGUCAACAUCACGGGUUUCUAUGGAUCAAGGGAAAGCCAGGUGCCGGAAAAUCGACGAUCAUGAAGUUCGCAUAUUCUCAGGCGCUGAAGACGAUGGAUAAUGCAAUUGUCAUUUCCUUCUUCUUCAACGCGAGAGGGGAUGACUUGGAGAAAUCGAUUGUAGGGAUGUAUAGAUCUCUGCUUUGGGAGCUCUUGAACAAGGCUUCUGGACUUCAAAAGGUUCUGGAUGACGCAGACCUGGUUCCAUUGAGUCACUUCAACCAACCAAUAUGGAGUGCAGAGGUUCUUCGGUCACUUCUAUCACUUGCGAUAGCCAGUCUUGGUCAGAAACGCCUGCUCUGUUUUGUCGAUGCACUUGACGAAUGCAAUCGGAAAGACGUUUAUGACAUGAUUGAUUAUUUUCAGGCUAUCGGGAAAGACUCAGCGUCAAGAGGAUCUGAGGUAUACAUAUGCUUUUCCAGUCGCAAUUAUCCCUUCAUGGACAUAGGAAAUGGUCAAGAGCUGAUUCUGGAACAUCAUCCUGGCCAUGAACACGACCUAGAAGCCUACAUACACAGCAAGCUCAAAGUAAAAAGGCACAGAGAGGCGGAAGCAGAUGCACUGAGAAACGACAUUCGUGUCAAGGCCAACGGGGUAUUCCUGUGGGUCAAGUUGGUUAUCCAGAUGCUGAAUGAGGACCUUGGAUAUGCAGAUAGUCUUGCCGUCCAGAGGAAGACUCUUCAGGAGAUCCCACCUGAACUAAGUGAACUCAUAAGAGAUAUACUGAGGAGGGACAACAAGCGUCCAGAGAACCUACUCCUGUCAAUUGAGUGGAUCCUCUUUUCCACGCGGCCCCUGAAGUGGGAAGAGCUCUACUUUGCCCUUAUUUCCGGGCUGCAUCCUGAUACACUCAGCGGGUGGAACCGGCGUAAAACUACCAUCAAAGACAUGAAGCAAUUCAUCCUCAGUUCAUCCAAGGGCCUGGCCGAGAUCACAAAGCCCAAUACCCAGACAGUUCAGUUUAUUCACGAGUCUGUGCGAGACUUUUUGCUGAAGGACGAUGGCUUAGGGCACCUGAGGCGCGAUCUACAACUGGAGACAGAGGAUCCCCAAUGUUCAGCUCAUGAUCGACUGAAAAGGUGUUGCCAUACCUAUAUUCAGCUGGAUAUGUCACGAUAUGUGACCCGUGUUACCCCAGUCCCGGACUUGUCAAUUGCUGCAGCUCUUCAUUUACGAAAGACUGUGUUGGACAAGUUUCCGUUCAUGGAGUACGCAACUCACUGUAUCCUUUACCAUGCAGAAGAUGCUGGAAGCAAGAUUCCACAGGAGAACUUUCUCGAAAGCUUCAAUGUCAAGGCUUGGGUUGUUCUUGACAAUAUCCUCAGGGAAGUGAAUGUCAUUUCGUAUCCAUAUUAUCAUAAAUUGCCUUACCAUACAUCAAACGCAGGCCUCCUGUAUAUCCUUGCCAAGGAUGAUUUCACAAGUCUCAUGGCCACAGCGUUCCGCCUCGGCUUUGCAAGUAACAUACACAGAGAACGACUUGAGAAUCCGCUGUUUGCGGCCUUGGCUAAUGGCCAUCGUGGUGCGGUCAAAGCGCUCCUGGAACAGGAAAUGGGCAUUGCUCAAGCAGAAGAAAUCUCCGCACGGCUUGGAUACGGAAACUGCUUUAGCCGGGGGGAUAUACCGCUCGCCACCACCCUACUUGCAUCUAAAGAGAUUAUACCUGUUGUUUCAGGUAGCGACGAACGGACACCGCUAUCAUUGGCCGCUGAGAAUGGCCACGAGAGUAUUGUGAGGCUACUACUGGCAAUUGAAACAGUUCAACUUGAUCCAAAGGAUUACAUGGGUCGGACACCGUUAUCGCUGGCCGCAAUUGAAGGUCAUGUGGGCGCAGCUUCUGACACAGCUUGUGAAGCUGAUAGCAGCAGCCCUGUUCCUUCUGUUCAUGAUGAAUUAUCUCCUGUGUGGUCAACCUGUAAGUGUCGCGACGCGACGCCCUACAUACCCAAGCGCACACUCAACAUCCCCGAAAAUUGGUAUGAUGAGGUGCCCGACACCGAGGAAUCUCUCGUUGAACCUCCCUCACUCGCAGUUAAAGCCCUUCGUGCAAGACAAUUCUUCAGGAGACUUCUAGUUGCUCACGCUGCUGAUAAAGGCUUCUCCUUGGGCGACUGGGAGGAGGCCAAGCUCCGGCAUAGCCUUCUGUUCAUGAUGGACGACCUGUAUGAAGACCUUGAAGGAGAGAAAGAGUAUCCUUCUGAGUGGGAAGACGAGACCAUCUUCAGAUCUUUCUACGAGAAAACUGUCUCUGCCUGGGUGGAGGAUCUUCCGGACGACGAAAAGGCCUGCAUUGAAAGACUAGCUGACAUCUUAGACGAAGAAUACAACAUCGAUGUUGAUGAUGAAGCGGGUUGGGAGAAGAAUGAGAUUCGAUUGAAUCAGUGCCUUGAUAGUGCUGAGCCUAUCCAUGAGGAAGACCAAGGACUCGAACAGUUGAAGCUAGAGGAAUGGGCGUGUUAUAGGUGCUCCCGACGCUACCUAUGCUGA